AGAGAGAGAGAGAGAGAGAGAGAGAGAGAGAGAGAGAGAGAGAGAGAGAGUCAAUGCGGUCUCUCUUGACCGUGUGGCUGUGCGCGACAUGUGCAACACUGCCAGGUCUCCUGCGGACCUCCUCAUCGCAGCUGCUGGUGGAAGGGGACAAUGACCCGUCCAGCAUCUGCAAGCCUGCCCCCUACUGGGAAGUAGGGGGAAAGGCGCCCAUGAAGGAGCUGCUGGGAAAUGUAGUUGUUGUGGCGCUACUGAAAGCUAGCUGACAGUUCUGUCUCACCCAGGCCUCCAAAAUCGGAGGCCUGCGAGACAAGCUGCACCGCAGCAACCUGACAGAGGUUUCCUUCCUGAUAGUGAACGAGCGCGAGGCUCUGUCCAGGGCCAUGUACUGGGAGUUGAAGAGAAAAGCGGCCCCCGGUGUCCCCGUGUACCAACAGGCCCCUCUGCAGGAUGAUGUUUGGGAGGUCUUGGAUGGAGAUAAAGAUGACUUCCUGGUGUACGACAGAUGUGGUCUACUUACCUUCCAUAUAGUUCUGCCUUACAGUUUCCUGCAUUACCCCUAUAUAGAGGCUGCAAUCAGAGCCACUUACAAUAAAGAUAUCUGCAAAUGCGUUGCCAGUUCUACCGUAUCCAUCAGUGCUAACAGCACCAUGAACAACGACACCACGAUUACCACACAGAACAUCACAAAUAGCAAAACUACACUACUCACAAUUCCAGAGGAUGGCGAUGGUGCGACACUAUAGCAGCCAAAGGAGGGUCUGACUUAAGGGCACAAAGCACCAGGAGUUGAUCCUGUCGAUCACAGCCAUCAUCAUCAUCAUCAUAGUUGUCAUCAUCUCCAUGGGCAACAAAAUCAACACGAUCUCACCAUUCAUAAACAUCACCAUAACCAUGAUAAAUAGUUGUCAAUGUCCACAGCAUUAUCAUUAUUACUGUAAUCCACAUCAAAAUCAGAUUCAGCAUCAUAAGUGUUGGUUAACUUCAUGAUGUUAUAAUUCUUCUGCCAUCUCACUCAUUGUUUGUCUCACAUUUUCAGUUGUCUUCUACAUUUGAUACUGUCUAAUGUGGCAUGGUUUAUUGUAAUAUUACUGUUAGAUUUGAUAUUAUAUAGGAAUAAUGUGAUACUAUACAUGAGAUUAUGGUGUGAAUCAUCAUACGUGAUAUCUCUAAGCUUUUACGAGGAGUUUUACCCUGAUUAUCGAUCAGUCUCAUUUUAAUUUUGAUGCCUAUUUAUGACCAACAUAAUCAAAUAAGACCAUCGGCAAGAAGAUUAGCUAUUGCUUUAUAAUGACUGCGAAUGAUUUUCUCCGGGUCGGAUUCUCUGUGAAAUCUGAUGAAAUGAUUUACGACACACAGACGGGACACAUAGCCACAAUUAGGCAAAGAUGAAUUUCUAAACAUUAGACUUAUCGUGCACGUGACACAAAAAGCAUAAGCAUUAGCAAGCUGUUGGAGAUAUACUCAGGUAGGUAUCUUGUCUAGCACUAUGUCUGGACAAUAAUCCAGGUCAUGCUAUUCAACUUCACAGACAAUUUAUCAUCCAAAUUAUUAUGCAAAUUAUAUCAAUUACUAAUUAAACUGCUUUUAAUUUAGGAAAGUCUGUUCAGAGUGCAGUAUAGGUUAUCUCUCUUAGUGACACCGAAUUAGGUUUUUUAUGCCAUGCAAGACUUGUGAGUCACCGUAUAGCAGCUAACAGUUUGUUCAUAGUGAAAUAGGUUAAUAUGUGCAACCCAUUCCCCAGCAGCUAUUUGACAAAAAAAAAGAAAGUUUUUUUUAAUUAAAACUAGGAUGUCUGCUGGAUAGUUGAAUUCAUUUUUAAAAGUAACUUUCCUGCAGUUUGUGCAUUAGUGGGCCUGCACCUCCCUCCUCUGUGAGGUUUAAGCAGCGGGUUCUGUUUGGUUUUCUCCUCUUUAUGAAGUCUACUGUGUUAAACCUGAAAACUGGUGUUGGUAGAUGGAUGUGUAUGGAGAGACUGGAUGGCCAUCUGUCGCUCAAACCUACACAGAGCUAUAUGGGACGAUGCACAACACUAUCAGGCACACUUCAGCUGAGCUAUUUCUGAAAGUGGAUUCAUAUCAUCUGAAUUUCAACCACCUUUCCAAUUCUAUAGUAUUUCUUUAUUUCUAACUGUCAACACAGAAUGAUGUGGGUGGACAAGGGGGUUGUAUUAACGUGUGCUAUGAUGCAAUGUUCAGUGUUAAAUGUUUUAUACCAAGUAAAGAUACUGCUCAGAAAGGCU